AUGAAUCAAAAUUUGUUUUUGCAAAGCUUCACAGUCAAAGAAAAACCAUCACCAGAGGAAAUGGUAAAGAAAUGGAAACGUGAACUAAGGAAAGAAGAUAGAGGUUUAGAUACUCAACUAAGAGCAAUUGAUAUGCAAGAAAAGAAAACAAUUAGAAUGAUAAAGGAAAGGGUAAAAGCAGGAGACCCAAAAAGUGCAAAGGUGUUGGCAAAGGAAGUUGUUGGAAGUCGUAGAGCAAAGGAGAGAAUCUAUACAGCAAAGGCACAGAUGAACUCUGUGAGUUUGCAAUUACAAAGCAAUCUGGCAAUGGCCAAGGUUGCUGGACAUUUGGCAAAGUCGACAGAGGUGAUGAAGUUUAUGAACGACCUCGUCAAGCUCCCCGAAUUGAGCAAGAUCAUGAUGGCAAUGGGUGCAGAGAUGACCAAGGCCGGUAUCAUCGAGGAAAUGAUCACCGACGUCUUUGACAAGGACGAUGAACUCGAAGAAGAGGCUGAACAAGAGGUGAACAAGAUCAUGGAUGAAAUCUUGAUUCAAGGUCCAAAAGUAUCAGACUCUUCUCUCGAAAUACCAAAAGAAGAGGAAGAAAAGGUUGAUGAAAAGGAUGAUGAAAUCAUGAAUCGUCUCAAAGCAUUAAAGACUGGUUAA